AUAUACGCCCCAACGGUGAUUUCUUCCUCUGUGCUCAGUCUGUGCUACAGUCUUUGUGUGUCACCCGAUCCGGGAAUUGUCUGUGCUUCAGGGCCAAAGUAGUUCUACUAUCAGCAAAAAUGGCACCCAAGAAGGACGCUAAGGCUCCCGCAAAGAAAGCCGAACCUGCGCCCGCACCUGCACCAGCAGCAGCAGCAGCGCCCGAGCCAGCCCCUGCUCCCGCAGCUCCCGCUAUCGACCUUUCCGCCAUCAAGGUGGAAUUCAGCGCAGACCAGAUUGAAGACUACAGGGAGGCCUUCGGUCUGUUCGACAGGGUGGGUGACAACAAGGUGGCUUUCAACCAGAUUGCUGACAUCAUGCGCGCUCUGGGACAGAACCCCACCAACAAGGAGGUGACCAAACUGCUGGGAAACCCCUCUGCUGAUGACAUGGCCAGCAAGAGAGUAGAGUUUGAGGGCUUCCUGCCCAUGCUCCAGGCCAUCAUCAACAGCCCAAACAAGGCAGGAUUUGAAGACUAUGUUGAGGGUCUGCGCGUCUUCGACAAGGAGGGCAACGGCACAGUGAUGGGUGCUGAGCUGCGUAUUGUCCUGUCAACACUCGGAGAGAAGAUGACAGAGGCUGAGAUUGACGCUCUCAUGACAGGACAAGAGGAUGAGAACGGCUGUGUCAACUAUGAGGCCUUCGUCAAGCACAUCAUGUCUGUGUAAGGACCCUGCCACCGUGGUGGUGAGCAUCGUACAUGUGCAGACCCCAUGGUGUCGCUGCAUUCGCUCGCUGCUUCCUGUACCAUCUGUGGAAGCAGGGGGAUCAAAGGACUAUGAGAUAUCAUUUCCUGAAUCCUUGUUUUAUUUUUUCAACACUUUCUUUUUCCUCUUUUGUCCAAACUGGUGCUUUUUAUUUUCCUCUGUUCCUCCUCCUGUCACUUGGAAAGCUAUCCUGAUUACUCAUGAGGUGCUUCUUUCGUUAUCUUCACCAAAAUCCCGCAGUGUCAUUGGGGUUUAUAUUCGUCACAGAGGAACAGUGAUGGAUGGGAAGGCGGAAUAACGAUGACCAUCCCUCCCCACUUACUGCCUGUCUGGCUCUCUAUCUGCCAGUAAAGUGACUCGUUUGGCCCAGGACUGGCCAUCAAAAUGAAUUCAAUCCUCUUCCAAUCUAACCCUCCCUAAGUCUUAACUUAUUGUAUCCUCUGCCAUUUCACAAUAAACUUUUCACACUCCCAUUUAA